AUGCGUGUUGCCAUCAUCGGCGCCGGGCCAGGAGGUCUGGUCACGCUGAAGUACCUCCUCCAAGCUAAUCAGAACUUCAACAUUGAGCCCGUUGAGGCCAGACUCUUUGAAGCUAAAGAUGGCAUUGGAGGCACAUUUCGCUAUCGCACCUAUCCAGAGGGCGAGAUGGUGUCUUCCAAGUACUUGACCUGUUUCUCAGACUUCAGGAUACCGGCAGAGCGCACUGAUUGCGGUGACUUUCUCACUCUCGAUCAAUACGUCGAGUACCUCGAAGGCUACUGCGAUCACUUUAAAUUGCGACCACAUAUCGAGCUCAACACUGCAGUCACUAAUGUACGACGCAGCAAGGAUGGCAAAGGCCACAUCGUGACCUAUUCAUCCACCGACGGAACCAGUGCGGAAUGGGCUUGCGAUGCCGUUGCAGUGUGUUCAGGGUUGCACGUGGAUACCGUUGCGCCCAGCAUUCCCGGCAUCGAGAAAGUGCCCACUGUCAUUCACUCCUCCCAAUACAAAGGUCGGGAGAUAUUCACCGAAGGCAGCAAUGUCGUGAUCCUCGGUGUAGGAGAAACGGCAAUGGACAUGGCAUAUUUCGCAGUGACUUCUCCCACCAAUUCGGUGACGCUUUGCCACCGCAAUGGAUUCGUCCUGGCACCCAAGCAUGUUGAGCGCUUCGUUGUUAUGGGCAAGAGGGAGGACGAGUACAAUCCGUCGCCAAUUGACACCAAUUGGAACUGUCUCUUUGACACUGCCUAUGCACACCCAAAACUGAGGAAUUCCCGGUGGCAGUGGUUGUUCUAUGACUGGUGGACGAAAGGCGCUUGGAUUCUCCUGAACAAUAGUCGAUAUGGGUACGGUCAGCAUGCGGGAAUCAUCAAGGGUUAUCACAUGUCUGAGGUGCUCUUUGUCAAGUCCACCAAAGUCCAGCCGUACUUCAACAGGCGUUAUAUCAAAGACAGUAGAUUAGAACGAUUUAUGAGAAGGAUCAUUGACCUGCCGCGAGUCGACACAAAGGGCCACACCGUCGAUUUUGCCCCAUUUCCAGAAUACGUUGAUGAUGAAGGUGUUAUUCAUUUCCAGAAGAAUGAUACACAGGAGUCGAAGCACAUCGAAACCUUGAAAAUCAAACCGGACGUUGUGAUCUAUGCAACCGGCUACCGUCACUUGACAUUCCCAUUCCUGAGUGAAGGAUAUCCUCACUCUAACGAUGCCGAUGUCCGUGCCCUCUGGAAGGAUGGUGAUGAGACCGUUGGUUUUAUAGGCUUCAUUCGGCCACAGCUCGGAGCAAUUCCACCUCUAGCCGAGUUCCAAGCCCAGCUGUGGGUUCUUCGGAUCCUCAACCUUCUUCCAAAGGCAAACCUACGAUCAUUGUCUCCACCAUUGGAUCUCGAUGCGGAAGAGUGGUGGAGACUGAAGCCAAAGCCUGAAGCACGGGUACACCACGGAGUGGAUCAUGAAUCCUACGCAUACCAACUCGCCCUCGACAUCGGCUCGGCACCAUCCAUAACCCAGGUGCUGAAGCAUGGGUGGAAAGUCUUCAUCGUGUGGGCAUGCGGUGCAAACAUGAACACUAAAUUCCGACUGGUUGGCCCAUGGCGGUGGGAAGGGGCCAAAGAACAGAUGAAGGGAGAGCUGUGGGAACUGAUCAAGAGGCGACCAUUUGUCUGGGGACACAUUUUACUCAACGCGCUCCCGAUGUCGAUUUUCGGGCCACUGAGUUUGUGCUACUGGAUUUACUACACCUUUUUCGACCCUGUCCUGGGCAGGCUGCGUAUCUCAAGAUCGCGGAGAAACGUCCGACGCAACGGCUAUAGCAAGCUGCCGUAG